CCGGCGAGGCGAUGGCGGAGGAGGCACACGGUGAUGUUCACAUGAUAGAAGCAGAUGUUCUUCUUCGUGGUGGCAAGGGAGGAAAUGGAGACCCUAUCAUGGCUCAUCCACCUGAAACAGACAGUGACAACACGUUGCAGGAAUGGCUAAAAGAGAUUGUCAGCACAAGUAAAGGCAUCAAGCUGGAUUUUAAGAGUCUAGAAGCUGUACGGCCUUCCUUGGAGCUUCUUGAACAUGUGAAGCAGCACUUGAGGCGACCCGUUUGGAUCAAUGCAGACAUCCUACCGGGACCUAAUGGAAAUAAUGCCGUCGUGGAUGCAAAAGAGUUCCUUGACACUGUCACUUCAUUUUUCCCAAAUGUAACCUUAUCGCUGGGAUGGACAACUGGCUGGCACCCUGACAAACACAAUAAAGGCUAUGAUUGGAUGAUGGUGAAAGAAAUGGCUCAGAUAUGCAAGACACUUUCCCAGCCUGUAACUUUCCCCGUAAGAGCAGUAUUAGUACGACAGUCGAUAUCUGAGCUGUGCUGGUUAAUCCAGCAGUCGGACAGAUACAGCCUCACUGUUUGGACAGGAAAAGAAGAUGUGUAUUCUGUAGAAGAUUUGCUUUACAUCCGGGAAAACUUUGAUAAAAGUAGGGUUUAUUAUGACAUUUUAGAGCCACAAAAUUCUGAAUUCAAAAAAGCCAUAGGAGUAGAAUAGUAAAUACAAAGCAGGCAAAUGUCUGGCCUUAUAAUACUUAGCCCCUUUAAACAUGAAGAUUUCCUGUUCAGAGAAAUGUAUUUUCCUUACCGAAAGAAUUGUAUAGAACACACCUGUGGUUAUCAGAGGAGGUUUUGUAUACCUUUUUAUUGAAAGGCUUCUCAAAUAGAAAUUUAAUGCCUUUUUCAUUGUUACUUACUCAUCAUAUGCAUGUUCCCUCUCAUUCACCCAGUGGCGUGUGGUAAAGGCUACUCCCAUUACCUAAAUAUUCUAGUACUCUUUCCCUACAAGCAUAUAAAGGGGAGAACGGCCCCAGCUGAUAGUUGUGGACCAAGGUAAUUUGCUAACUGUUUUUGUGUAAGCCAAAGUCUAUGGGACACUCCAUCUCUACUAAAGCCUGUUUUCUCUCUUUAUAUUGGAGGACAAGAGUCAAGACUGUAUUAAGUACAGAACUGUGCCGUUCCCCAAGGGGUUAUUUUGUAGCUCAUCUUAAUACACUCCAUUUUUAAUGCCAUUGCAGUUGAUAAUGAUCUCAUUCCUAGACAACAGAAGAUCCUGUUUGCUAGGUGUGAAGAGCGGGAUCUGUGAUGCUACACAUUCCAAGGAGAAAGAAUGGUUAUUUUUACUGAAUUAAAACUCAGCAGGUUCUCUGCAAUGUGGCAAUUGUGCAUUCCGCACCAUGGCUUGCCUCCAUGCUCUCUAAGCCAUCAGCAACAGAGUCCUUGUGUUGUGAGCAGGCUGAGUUGGAGUUGAAGCUGCACUGCAGGAGGUGCUGGGGCAAACAGAACCCCCAAAAUGAAGAAUAAUCCUGUCCUGUACAUAAAGCACAAAGAUGGAUUACGCAUCAGAGAUGGCAUUAAAAGAACUAUAGUGGUUUAUGAGAUAGAGAAGUGCUGGUGGUUCUUUAAAGAGUUCUAAACUAUAUUUUAAUUAUAACAGGAGUUCUGUAAAAUGUUCUGCUGCAGUCUUUCUGAAAUCCAGAGGCUCUGAGAAUGAAAUAGCUGUACAAUUAUUAGUGCGUACAGCAAAAAUUGUACAUUUAUGUGAUAGUAUAGUUAUUUUCUACAUUCUCCAGGAUUAUGCAUUUUUAAACUCUCAGAAUAUGAUUUCAAAAAUUUUCAGAAGUUUAACUUCCCUUUGAGAAAAAACAAAAUCAUUGCAAUCCUUAUCACCUGCAGGAAGACUCCAACCUAUUUCAUGUUAAGCGUUUUUUGUCUCUCUUGCUUCUUCAUCCCUUAAAAUGAGUACAGAUACUGAAAUCUGUGCAGAUUGAAACACAAGCUGUGUAUUGUUGUCGUUUGCCAAACAUUACAAAGGUUUUUCUCACAACGACAGAGGAGAUCUUGAUUUGUAAGUGAAACCUGAGAGACGUUACCCUGGCAUCUUCUUGCCCACUUCUUCCCAUUCCUCUUGCAUGCAUGAUUUUUUUUAAACUUUGAUGUUUUACACAACACUGGAUAGGCUGUAGUACUGAAGAGUUAAUUACAGCAAUUUUUGGUUCUUACAGCUUUUUUUUAUAGCAUUAAUACAAUUGUGGUAGAAAAGUUAGUUAUAUUUAUUAAUCCUAAAUCUUGAAAUAUGAUGAUUUCGUGCAGUCAUUAAAAUUCAAGAUUCCUUGUUGUUACCUGCAGCUCCUUUGCCAGAUUUAUCUAGUAAUUGUUUUGUGUUAUUGAGGGGUAGAGCUUUCAUCAUUUUUGUCACCUACUAAGAUAUACUUGGGUAAAAUUAGGAAAUAUUUUUCCAAAUACAAAAAUCACCUAGUUGUACUUGGAAUAGUUAAACAGAGUACUUAAUUUAAUUUACACUAUCAGACAAUGUGAACCACAUUGUGAAACACCAAAAGGUCAAGUUUGUCAAUGUGAUCUCUUUUAAUGAAUUGGGAGGAAUGAUUUAUUUUUUAGUUCACUGUGACAACAUGAUCUGAUCUGAACAGAUUUAAACUCUCAAUUCUUUAUAGCACCUGUUUCUCUGAGCUUUGCAUGCAUACUUUUAUAUACCAUGGGAGGAAGAGAGAUUAACUGUUUCCUAACUGAUCAUAACUAUGGAAAAUAUUUAAAAUACUACGAAGACCCUUUUCUAGCCCAGGUAAUUUUGACUAAAACAGGUUCAAGAGCUAUUGCGUGAACAGGCGUGCUAACAGUUCUGAUCAUGAGGUAUCCUUUUCUAGAUGAUCCCACUUUCACCUAACUCCCCUUCAGGGAGAACAGGAUAUACAAAUGACCAAAGCUCCGGUUAAACCAAAGUUACAGACAUUGCUUCGAAACUAUAGUACAUACAAUAAACUAGUAGGAAAUAGUGUAGUUCAGAGGUUUUUAUUUUCUGGGAUAUACCAUUGAACAAGAGGCACUUAGGGGACAUCAGCCAGCUUUUGGAAUCAAAUGCAAAAUAGCUACAUUAGCCAGAAUGAAAUUAAGUAAAAAACGUUAUCAGCAACUGCCAGAAAUAUUUUUAAAGGUGCAGAAAUCAUGGAAGAAGUAUCACUGAGCAAUAUAUGUGGAUAUGACACAUAUGUUAACAGGGGUAUUCAGGUAAAAUUAAAAGAAGACAUGAUCUGGAUUACCGGAAAAAUUAAUUAAGAUAACAAGAUAUGUAAAACUAUAUUAAACAAAAUUCUAGAAAUUAAUUCCAUGAAGCAUUCUUGCAGUGACAGAAGGGUUUGACUAUAUGGUGAAUUAGUUUAUUCUGUAUGGAUUGUCCUAUAUAUCUGAAUUUCUGUACGUAUUCUUUUUUACCCAUGGAUCUCUUCAUUUCCUGUGAAAUUGUUUACGUUGUUUAUGUCAGUCUGAUCUGACUUGCAUGUAAAUAAAUUUGUUCGAAUUUGUUUCUCUGUUUUCAUGCCAGUCUUCAUUCAAAUGCUGUCCUUCUAAAAUGACAUGUUUUAACAGUGGCACUGGUAAUAAGAUAGCAAAGGUGAGAUGAAAGCCACUUAUUUAUUCUGCUGGAAACAGGGAUCUGUGGCAGUUCUAUGUUACUCUAGUGUUGCUGUCUUUUUUUUAACCUUCUGGCAGUGUGGUCCUUGUACUUAAAACUUUGUUGAGGAGCUAUACAUUCUGGCACCUUUGUGGAAUCAUUUUCUCUGUCAGUGUUGCUUCAUGUCUGUUGAUAUCUUUCAGCUGGGUUUUUAGACUUAAUUGUCCUUGUUACGUGAAAAAUCUGGUUGACUCUAAUGGAAUUACGUAUUGUUCAGGAUGUCCAGGUGAGUUAAUUGAUGAAUAAAACAUUUCUAAUUUACUGCAAGUGUAG